AAUCCAAAGAGCGCUCGGUUAUCGACUAUUUGAGUCUUCAUUUCUGAACAUUCUCGACUAGUCUGGCCUUAUGACAUAACCGGAAAUCAGCCUUAAAACACAUGCGAAACAAUUCCUUGCACGUAACUGUUUAAAAUUGCAGUAAACGCACGGUCUCGUCGUGUUAUGCAGCAGGACAUGGCAAAUAAAGCCGUGGUCACAGUUCGUCUGGUCAGGUCAUUCGAGCACAGAAACUUCAAACCAGUAGUUUUUCACGGGGUCAUCUUGGACCAAACGGUGCAUGACUUCAUACAGCUGGUCAGAGACGAUAUUGUGACAAGACCAGGAAUUCCUCCGCCUUUCCGGAGCUAUGCCUAUGACACGAUGAAGAUAAUCCACCAAGCACAUGGAGCAAAGACUAAUGAACUGGUGAUGAGUUUAGAUGACGAUGACAAUCUCAUUCUACAAGAUGGCCAAACCCUUAGAGCUGCUGAUGUUGCAAAUGAAACAGAAGUGGCCUUUUUCAGGAAAGAAGACUACGGUCUCUUUAAAACAAAUCCCCAAAUUGCUUGGUGAACACAGUAUUUUACUCAUUCGGUGAGGACAUUCUUUAAGGACAGAAGUCAGAAGGUCGAGCAUGCCAGGACCAAAAGGAGAACAAAAUAAUGCCAUCCUGUUAAUUCUUUGAGAGUUUUACCUUGUGGAGUUGUUUUUAAAAUUAAAGUUAUAUACCACA